UAUAAUGGGAUUUUGGGUUGGAACAUUUUCUGGCACCUGGCAACCCUGAUUACUGGGGUGGAGCUCCUUCGAACUUUUCUCUUUGGGCACGUUGUGUUUCUGCUGUUCGUUCUGUUCUGAAGAAAAAAAAGUAUUCUUCUGUUUGGCUGUCUUUGUGUGACGUCAGCUAAUAAAGAUGGGGGCAAAUAAAGAGAAGAACGAAACAUGUGGGACCAUUUGCCUAAAAUACCUGCUCUUCACCUUCAAUUUCCUGUUUUGGCUGGCAGGGGGUGCAGUGAUGGCUGUAGGCAUCUGGACGCUAGUUGAGAAGAGUGACUACAUCAGUCUGCUGUCCUCAAAGAUUUAUGCUGUCUCUGCCUAUAUACUGAUCAUGGCCGGGGUAACUGUCAUGGUAACAGGGGUUUUAGGCUGCUGUGCCACCUUCAAAGAGCAAAGACGACUUCUGAGAGUGUAUUUUGUUUUACUGCUGUGUAUUUUCCUGCUGGAGGUCCUGGCUGGAGUUUUGGCCUACAUUUAUUACCAGCAGCUGAAUGAGGAACUGAAGGAGAACUUGAGAGAGACCAUGGUUCAAAAAUAUGAUCAGCCUGAGCAGGAACAUGUGACGAAGGCCGUGGACAAACUACAGCAGGAGUUCAAGUGCUGUGGCAGUAACAGCUCCUCUGAUUGGCUGGAGAGCGUUUGGAUCCGCUCCAUUAAUGCUGACAGUCGCUCGGUUCCUGAUAGUUGCUGUAAAAGCCCAGUCAUAAAGCUGUGCGGUCGGAGAGAUCACCCCUCAAAUAUCUAUAAAGUAGAGGGUGGCUGCAUCACAAAGCUGGAGAACUUCAUUCUGAAUCACUUGCAGAUCAUUGGUGCAGUGGGUGUGGGCAUAGCCUGUGUGCAGAUUGUUGGCAUGUUUUUCACCUGCUGUCUGUACAGGAGUCUGAAAUCAGAGCCAUACUGAAGAGACUGCUCAACUACAGCAUUAAUUAGUGACCAUCAUUCUCUACAGCAUUUUUUGUUUCACAAAAAUUUAAAUAGACAGGAAUUAAUUAAAGGUUAUGCACACCAUCAAAUCAGUUCCAACUAUCCACAGGCACAGACACACAUAAACAGUAAUAAAUACAGUGUUUUAUGAUUUUACACACAUUGGGUAUUACUGAGUUAGAAAGAUUGUUCUGAUCCUUUUUUGGCUUUAUUGUUCUUAUCAAUUAACUUAAGUUUGGACUGUAUUUUAUAUAUAAAACUUUUUAUGCAAUUUUUUUUUUCUUUGUAUGUUUGUACUCACAGAUCCUCAAUCAAAAUAUAAAACCUCUGCCACAAUA